GGAGGAUUGGAGGAAUACAGAAUGAUGAAAGGAGGGGGGGUCUCUCCUUCCCACCACUGGAGGGGCUGGGGGUGGCAGUGGACCUUCAAACUCGUUCCUUGGACUUUCUCUGGUAACAUAUCACACUUUCCCAUCCUCAGAGCAAGUGGAGGACCCUGUAAUCUCACUCUUCUCCGUUAUCUCUCUCCCUCCCAGCCCUUCCCCUUUUCCAAAAACUCCAGCAUCCCAUCCCUUCUCACCUUCACCAUACACAGACAGUGGCAGAUUCAAUGGGGGAAGGUUCCAUCCCUGCUGUAGCUCUCCGGACAGGUCUCUGUCCCCUCAGCUAGGAACAUCCCGUCUGCUUGUAUCCCCUGAGUGGAGAGCAGUUUCCUAAGAAGAUGGAUCUCCUCUUCUGGGCAUUUGCCAUUUUCUGCCAGUGGAUUCUGCACAAGGUGCUCUGUUUAGAAGGCCAUAUGACAAAAACGUUAGGAUACCUGGACUUGGGAGCAACAGGAAUGGUGAAGAAUGGACCAUAUGGUACAAAUAAGCCUCACUCUCUCCACCCGUCAAGGGUUUUCACCACUGAUCCCUUUAAGGCAGCAAAAACUCCCAUGCAAUCUCCUCUCACCCCAUGGGAAUGGAGCAAGAAUCAGACAAUGCUCACGGGAGGAAUUGGUCAAAGAGCUAAGCGCAAGCCCUCCUUAAAAACUGGGAGAACCAGGAAGAUCUUUGGAUGGGGGGAUUUCUACUUUAACAUUAAAACUGUCAAGUUCAGUCUGCUGGUGACUGGUAAGAUUGUUGACCACAUAAAUGGGACGUUCAGUGUCUACUUUCGGCACAAUUCAUCUAGCCUUGGCAAUGUGUCUGUCAGUAUUGUCCCACCUACAAAAGUAGUAGAGUUUGAGCUCCUUCAGCAGUCUACCUUGGAUACCAGAGAAACUAAGACUUUCAACUGUAGGGUGGAAUAUGAAAACACCAAUAAAGCCUUGAAGAACAAACCCUGCCUCUAUGACCCAGCCAAAAAUUGUUACAUGGAACAUACCCAGAGUCAUGCUGCAUGGCUUUGUGCUAAACCCUUCAAGGUUAUUUGCAUCUUCAUAUCCUUCUACAGUAUUGACUACAAGCUGGUGCAGAAGGUGUGCCCGGAUUAUAAUUUUCAGAAUGACAACCCGUAUUUUGGUUGAUGAAUCCAUUGACAGGGAAAUCAGCAAACCAGUUUAUGUGGGAGGGAGAACAAAUAAUUCAAGGAGUGAGGGUCUGUGGUAGGUUCCGCUAUAACGCAGUAACUGGUGAAAGAAGUUCCACAACACAUAUCAUAUAAAAAUAAUUCUCUAAAGUAAAAAAUGAUAGUGAAAUAACAAGAAAUGCAUGAAGCUGUCCCUGAAAUUCUUAGAACUGUCUGACCUGCUAAGUAACAAACUGGAAUAUCAAGGUCACCUUCUGUCAUCAACUAAAGAUUUUGACUAUACACCUGCUCUCCUUUCUGAUGACCGCCAUAGUAUUAUAAGAACCUGUUGCCAAUAAUUUUUCUUCUCUUUAAAGGCAAAGUGAUCCUAUUGAAAUGUUCAUAACAGUGCAAUGAAUGAGAACGUAAUAUGACAUGUGUGACAAAAGAAUACACCAUAACGAAGACAGCACAACAAAGCAAACAACGAUAAACCUCUGAAUAUAUAACAUAAACUUUCUGCAGUAGUCAAAUUAAAUAACAAUUCUAAUUAGUUAUUUAUUUAUUUUUCAUAUGUUCAAGAGUGCACAGCAGGACCAUCAGUCGUUGCAUGGAAGAUAUCAGAUGCCCACAGAUUAAAGAUUGAUUAUUGACAACACUUUCUGGCCAACACUUUUGAUAUUGGAGUUACAUUUAUAAAAACACUUUAGAGUAUCUCUUGCUAAGCACACAUUGUUUUUAUGAAGCCAUCCAUUUACCACUUAUAUACUGUAUAUGCAUUUAUUACUAUUCUGAAUUAAUAAUUUCUUGGGGAUCAUCUCUGCCAUCCAUGUUUAUUAAACUUAAUAACAUUU